CUAGUGAUGAAUAGGAAGGCAAUCCUCCUAUGACCUAUCCUUCCUCCACACUUGGGGAUUGAAUUAUUUGCUAAAAACUGUGCAGCUUUUAGGGAGCAAAUGUCAAUGGGUCCUACAUACCUUCCAAGAAAGUCUAUUUUCUUCCUUUCGUUGGCCCCCUCUUCACACCAUUAAAAUCUUCUCAGCCCUGCAUCCUUCACUGGCACACAAAACAAAAGUAUGAUGAAUUGAUGACCCCUUCCACAACAAAGGAAAAAAGAAAAAGAAAAAGAAAAAGAAAAAGAAAAAAAUAAAAUUGUCAGGGAGGAAAAAGAAAUCUAAUUUCUACCAACAAAGCUUGGAUAUUUAUGUUGUUUCUCCAUAUAUGGGUCUGCUCUGUAUUUUCCACAGGUCUUCAAGUUUUUUUUGAUUUCAUGGGUCUCUCUGAUAAACUUUCUGCAAUUGAUGCAAACUGGCUAUCCCCCUUGGUACUGAAGAGAUUCCGGCUCCGAUCUGACCGAUGGCCGAGGUGGGGAAAGCUCCACUAGGGUAUGAAAAUCUUCGAAAGGGGCGUAGUUUCAAGUCCUUCUCCAGAAACUCCGCCAUUGCUGAUCGGUGAGUUGAGUUCUUCGAAUUCACUUUCAAGGACAAUUGAAGGAUGGACAGGACCAGAUUGGAUUUAAGGGGUCAUCACUCUGGAUCAACGCAGUCAGAAGAGUCAGCUUUAGACCUGGAGAGGAACUACUGUAGUCAUCCUAAUCUGACUUCAACUCCACCAACACUUCAAGCCUUUGCAUCAGGUGGUCAGCUUUCUGAGAGCAGUGCUGCCUACUUCUCAUGGCCUACUUCUAGUCGAUUGAAUGGUGCUGCUGAAGAUCGAGCAAACUAUUUUGGUAACCUUCAGAAGGGAGUGCUGCCUGAAACUCUUGAUCGGUUGCCAACGGGUCAGCAAGCAACCACCUUGCUUGAUCUAAUGACCAUAAGGGCUUUCCACAGCAAGAUAUUGCGUCGUUAUAGUCUUGGAACGGCAAUUGGGUUUCGAAUACGGGGGGGUAUAUUGACAGACAUACCUGCUAUUCUUGUCUUUGUUGCUCGGAAAGUUCACAAACAAUGGCUGAGCAAUAUACAAUGCCUGCCCUCUGCACUCAUGGGACCAGGAGGUGUCUGGUGUGAUGUGGAUGUUGUGGAAUUCUCAUACUAUGGUGCACCUGCACAAACUCCCAAGGAACAGUUAUACACUGAGCUUGUGGAUGGCUUACGAGGAAGUGAUCCUUGCAUUGGCUCAGGCUCUCAGGUUGCAAGCCAAGAGACCUGUGGAACUUUGGGUGCCAUAGUGAGGAGCCGAACUGGGAACCGAGAAGUUGGUUUCCUCACAAAUCGGCAUCUUGCAGUUGAUUUGGACUACCCAAACCAAAAGAUGUUUCAUCCUUUGCCACCCAACCUAGGCCCUGGGGUGUAUCUGGGAGCAGUGGAGAGGGCAACAUCAUUCAUCACAGAUGAUCUUUGGUAUGACAUCUUUGCGGGAACUAACCCAGAGACAUUUGUUCGAGCUGAUGGGGCUUUCGUACCUUUCGCGGAUGAUUUUAAAGUCUCCAAUGUAACUACAUCGGUAAAAGGUGUUGGUGUGAUUGGUGAUGUGGAGAUCAUAGACUUGCAGUCCCCAAUCAACAGUCUGAUCGGGAAGCAAGUGGUGAAGGUUGGAAGAAGCUCGGGCUUGACUAGGGGGAAUGUAAUGGCCUAUGCCCUUGAAUACAAUGAUGAGAAAGGGAUCUGCUUCUUCACUGAUUUUCUUGUUGUGGGAGAAAACCAACAGACCUUUGACCUUGAAGGUGACAGUGGUAGUCUCAUCCUUUUAACAGGUGAGAAACCUAGGCCAAUUGGGAUAAUAUGGGGUGGAACAGCUAAUCGGGGGCGUUUGAAGCUGAAAGUUGGUCAACCUCCUGAGAAUUGGACUAGUGGGGUUGAUCUUGGGCGUCUUCUUAAGCUUUUGGAACUUGAUCUCAUCACGACAAAUGAAGGACUCGAAGCGGCUGUGCUAGAACAAAAAAAUGCUUCAGCUGGUGGAGUGGAUUCUACGGUUGGUGAGUCAUCCCCUGCAGAGGGAACUCAACCACAACCAAAGGACAAAACUGGAGAGAUCUUUGAGCCUCUUGGUUUUAACAUUCAGCAUAUUCCUGUGGAUGAUGGACCCUGUGCAGAAGCAAAUCCACAUCUUGCUCCCUCUGAAUUUCAUAUAGAAGAUGGUAUAAAGGCAUUGCCCAAUGUAGAGCAUCAAUUCAUUCCCAACUUAAUUGGGCAUUCGCCGGUGCAUCAAAAUGACCAACAGGACCGUCCGGAAUCUAAGAAUCUCUCUGCAUUGAGGAAUGGCUCUGAUGAUGAUCUCUGUGUUUCACUGCAGUUGGGAGAUCGGGAACCCAAGAGAAGGCGCUGUGAGUGUAAAAUUGAUCUUGAAGAACCGAAAUGAAUUUUCAAACGGCAUCAUUUGCUUUGUAGCCAUCCUAGAAAGAGUUGGGGGGGGGGGGGGGGGUUGGGGUUCCAAAGAGGAUCUAGACAUGCUCGUUGGGUCAUGGAGCUGACAAAUCCUGAUUGUAAGUUUUCUGGAAGACCGGAAUAGAUCCUUCAGGGCCCCUAUUUUCAUGACCAAUUUUAUGUGGAAGGUGCAACUGGCUGUCAGUUUUUGAGGUUCAAGCCUCCUGCCAGAUCAUUUUGCCUUCCAGUACCUAGCAUGUUUCUAGGAAAGAUUAUAGCUAUAGGUAGAUAUAUUAGCUAAUAUACCAUUUUAAUAGAAAAUGUUUACAUUCUCUCUUAUUCAAGAAAAUUUCCUUUGUAGAACCAUGAUGGCUUUACUGGUUGUAGUUAUCAAUUGGAAUAGGGGAAAACUAGCAGAAAGAUUUCCAUAGCCUUGAAAAUGAUUUGCUUGAGAA